CAAGUAGAUAUUUCAAAAGCUGAUUUUUUUUCAGGAAGCUGGCCAUACUUUGUGGGAGCUGUAGCAUCUUCGAUAGCUCUUCUACUUUCUGCUUAUGCUUUGAAGAAUCAGCCAUUCCAGCAUGUUCUGACGGCAUCGAGUAGCUCCAGCUUACAGGAGCAUGCUGCGGAUAUUUGCCAUGCCAUCUGUUGGGCUAUUCCCGGCUUGUCACGUCUUUUACUACCACGAAUUAAUUCAAUGGUACUACUAGCCGCAGUGACAAGUACAAUGCUAGUUCUCUGUGAACACUUCAGGCAUGAUUUCCCCUGGGCAGAUCCAGUCUGCUGUCUUUUACUGUCGGUAGCUGUAUUUUCAACAAUGUGGCCUCUCUCAACUUAUACUGGCAUGAUCCUUCUGCAGACAGCACCGCCUCACCUUCUCAAUCAAAUUGAUAGGUGUAUUUCUGAGGCGUCGACUAUUGAUGGCGUUCUGGAAAUCCGUUCUCGUCAUUUCUGGCAAUUGGACUUCGGGCAGCUGGUUGGAACUGUGGAUGUUCGAGUUCGAAGGGACGCAGAUGAACAAAAUGUUCUAACUCUUGUCACAGAUAAGAUGUCAUCCGUUGUUAGUAUGCUGACAGUCCAGAUAGUCAAAGACGCUGCUUGGCACACGGUCGAGGGAAUGAAUGCAGGUCACGAACAUACCUAUAACAACCCGCAUAUUCAUGGUGACGGUCAUAGCCAUGACCACUCUCAUGGCCACGAUGAUGGAAAUCAUGGUCACUCACAUGACCAUGAUAGCGGAAAUCACGGACAUUCGCAUGAUCACGGAGGUAAUGUCUCGUUAUCAUCGAGG